GAUCCCCGACGGCCCGCUUGUAGCCUGCUUGUACGUUUCAUACUUUAGCGAAUCAUUGUGUGCCAGGAUGUCUAUGUAACUAUGUCAACAAUUGAACAGAUACAUCAUGUAGUCAGCAUCGCAUAAUCACGCAAUUCGUGAGCCAAGCAUAGAUCCAAGGCCAUGCUCGGGACGAGAUGGUGCAGCAAGGGGGGGGCGUUGUCUAUACCCCGCACCCCGUAAAGGCGUCAGUUCAUAUUCACAUGGACCUGCUAAAUAGAGCAAAGAUCGUUGGGCUAUUACAGUGACGUGCAGACAGUCCCAAGUCAUGUAGGUAAGGGGGAAAUUAUUGGUUGACUUCAGAGUGUCUGUAUGUCACUGAACAUUUGUUGAUAUAUUGCGAGUGAGCCAGACGGUUUUCUUUUACUUGUUGCCCUAUUCAAACCUCGAAGAGAGUCGCAAGUACAAAACCUCUACGUAGUUAUUGUCCUUACCAUUCAGAUACCAGAGCUGAGAAUGCUUUUACCGACCGGACUGCCAUUUGGGGCCGCUUAUUCUUCAAUUAUCUGGAUCAUCCCAACUCUCAUCCUAGCAUACAAGGUCUUCACAUUUGGUAGCAGAGAGAAACAUCUCCCGCCUGGCCCACCCACGGUCCCCAUCCUUGGAAAUGCGCACAUAAUUCCAAAAAGGGGGUUUUUCUCCAAGCUCAAGGAGUGGAGCGACCAGUACGGCUCCGUUUAUUCACUCAAAAUUGGGCGAAGUACCAUGAUCGUGUUGAAUGACAGACGUGCCGUCCACGAGCUCUUGAGUCAGAAGGGUGCCUGGUAUAAUGACAGACCAAAAGAUCAGCAGAUGCUCGUCGUAGCGCGGGAAGAGAACAUAGCUCUGAUGCACGAAAGCCCUAAAUGGAGGGCAGAGCGAAAAAUCUCUUCUUUAUAUUUCUCGCCCAAGAGGCUAGACUCUGAUAUGAAACCUGUGCAGGAAGCUGAAGUUGCACGUCUUAUGUCCGACUUGCUGGAAAAGCCUGAAAAGUUCCAAGAGUACAUAAAACGAACUACGGCGUCAGUCGCAAGCAUCACAAUCUAUGGGCACCUUGCACCUGACUGGGGGAGCUUCUGGGCAUAUGCGGUGUACAUAGCUAUGGAAGCUAUAUCAAAAGCUCUUGAGCCAGGUACUUACCCACCAGUGGACCAAUUUCCGAUCCUCAAUCUGAUCCCUGAUCGCUGGAACAAACCAAAGCAACGCGGCAAGGAGUUUUAUGUUACCAUGACUGAUAUCUGGAACGAGGCUCGCGGUCGCGUAGAGACGCGCCGCAAAAACGGCGACAAGCGCGAUUCCCUUCUCGAUAAACUUCUAGAGGAGGAGAUUAAGUGCGAUGUUCCGUUAAGCUACACGGAAUUGAACAACUUCCUCGGAGGCCUCCACAUGGGUGCCUCUGACACAACAGCUACUGCAACGCUCACAUCAGUUCUCUUCCUCGCGAAGCAUCCAGAAUUCCAAGAAAAGGCACAAGCUGAACUUGAUCGUGUGUGUGGAACUCGGAGGCCUCCUAAGUGGGCUGACUUCAAUGACUUGCCGUAUAUAAACUGCAUCGUCAAAGAGGGGCUACGAAUCAGACCAGUGAUUCCUGGGGGCAUUCCGCAUUGCGCGAAGCAAGACUAUUGGUUCGAUGGCAUGCUUAUCCCAGCUGGCAGCACCAUCAUUGUCCCACCGUACGCGCUCAACCACAGCAGCGAUUCGUCGUCAAAUCCUUCUGCCUAUAACCCAGACCAAUUCAUGGAUCGGGCGAGCAAGCUCGCACCUGAACUCGCCGCGGCUUCAAGAUACAAGGAGCUGGCGCAUCAUAGCUCAAAUUCUGUGGGCAUUCAGGAUUGA